AUGGACAAGCACCAACUUGACCACAUAGAGUACGUGACAAACGACGAGGGCGACCUGUCGUACGCCGUCGACCCCGUCGAUGCCCAACAACUCACAGUGUUGGACUCGAUGGGUCAGGACCCGAACGAGCGACAGGCAAUCCCCCUCAAGGCCAUCCUUGUCAUUCUAGUCACGGCCGUUGCACAGUUCAACAACACCUGGUACGCCGUCGCUCCCGCCUCAAACGCAUACACCAUUGCCGCCGCUCUGAAUGGCAACGACAAGAGAAUCUGGAUCGUACAGGCCGCGGGCAUCCCAUCCAUUGUCACGGGCCCGAUUGUGGCAAUCAUCGCAGACCUUUACGGACGCAGGAACGCCAUGGUCAUCCUCUCCCUCCUGGGAGCCAUUGCUUCCAUUGUGUGCAUGACAGCCCACAACAUUGACGUUGUUAUCGUUGGCCAGACCCUCAAUGGCGUUGCGGCCGGUAUUUCUGGCCUCCUGUUCGCCGUACCCUCCGAGGUCGUCCCCACCCACUACCGGUCCAUCAUCCAAGGCAUUCUAUCCGUCUUCGCUGGCAUGGGCGCAAUUGGUGCCCUAAUCUUUGUGUCUCUGGCUGUGGACAACGAUCCGGUGGAUGGGUGGCGCUGGACUUGGCGAGCGCAGCUCAUUUGCAACGGCCUGAUGUUCCUUGGCUAUGCUUUCCUCUACAACCCUCCCCCUCGCACACACUCUGGCCUCACACGUUGGCAACGUUUUACCCACCUCGACUGGGUCGGUUACGGGUUGCUCACCGGCGGCCUUGCACCUCUCCUGAUGGGAUUCGCUUGGGCGAGUGACAUUAACUAUGGCUGGUCGGACCCCCACGCAUACGGAUGCGUGGUCGCUGGGGCUGUCGUGAUCUGGGAGUGGAAGGGUACAUCUACGGGUUUCCUCCAUCACGCCAUGUUCCGCCAAGGCAACAACUUUGCGCUGCUCAUCUUCACGUUUGCUGUCGAGGGCCACAUGUUUUACGCCAUCAACAACAUGUACUCUGCGGAGGCAGUCGGGGUGUGGUUCGCGACCGCCCCGGCUCUCAAGCAAGCAGCUUCAAUGAUCCCGAUGUUUGCCUGCACCAUGGUGUUCACGCCGAUGUUUGCGAUCUACUCCACCCUCCGCAAAGACCUCAAGUGGCCCGUGGUGUUUGGUAUUCUCGCUUUCCUCGUCGCCACCAUUGGCCUGGCCACUACCACGGCCGAAUCCUGGAUUCGCGCGCUGGCGUUUAACGGUGUGGCCGGCUUGGGCUUUUCUUCGCUUCUCAUGAUGCUCAUGACACUGGUUCAACUGUCCGCUCCACCACUCUUUAUUGGUGCCGCCUCAUCCCUCGCCAUCUCUGCACGCUUCCUUGGCGGUACUGUUGGUUAUGGUAUCAGCUCUGUCAUAUACAACAACAUUUACAACGCUCGCAUGCCGGCCAAAGUGGCUGCCGCCGUUGCCCCCCUUGGAUUCGACAUGCGUAACAUUGGCGCACUCAUUGUCGGUCUGCUCAGCCACGACACGUCCUCCGUCCCCGGUCUCACUCCAGAGGUUCUCGGAGCGGCAAGCGCAGCCAAUGCUGAAGCCAGUUCGUACGCCUACAACAGAAUCUGGUGGGCGACGAUCCCGGCCGUGGUAUUGGCCUUGGUCGGCAUCAUGUUGAUCAAAGACCCGGCUUACAAAAUGGACUGGGUUGUCGACGCGCCACUUGAAAAGGUCCAACAUGUCCAUGGGAGUGGAAAGGCCGCGGAGGAAGGCGCAAUCAAGGCUGCUGAGGCCAAGUAG